AUGAAUGUUUUUCCUAUGACUACUGGCCAUGCUGCUUUAGAAAGAGGUGGAGACAUUGAUGCCACUACAGACGUGAAAAGAGAUGUGAGUUGCAGCAAGAGCCUAGCCGAACUCUGGCGAAAUAGGGGGCUAGUCGGCAUUGGAGAGGUAGGGACCCAAGGCAACACAAAUGUCGGGGCAAGAGCUCAGGGCAUCGGUGGAGUGAGGGCAGGCAUCGAUGAGGCGUCGUUAGAUGAGACGCCAUGGGCGUCCUCAAGCGGGGCGCCAUGGGUGUCGUGCAAUGAGCGGCCUGAUUGUGGAAGGACAGGUACACCAGGGCCAGCUGGGCGCAGAGAGUGGAGCCCGCAGGUGGUAUCACCAGGUGUUAGGCGCAGCCAGGUGAGCAUGCCAAUGGCGCCGCUGGGCGAAACUAGGCAGGCAUGCUACACGACACAACAAAAACGUUGA